AUGGAUAGAUACAUCGGAAUUAGGAAACUAAUUAACAUGAUUCGGAAAUACCCAAAAGGAACCACAUUCCGAUUAUUGAACACAACUUUUGGAUUUGAAGAGGUUUGGAUACGGCUAGCAGAUGCGUUUGGGGUUCAGAGCUUUACUUUUGGGGAGGAAAUGAAACGAAGAUUUCGCUACGUUCAUCAUCCAAAAGAUCAUUCGCAGUUGUAUGUCAACCCAGUCGACACUUUAGAUAGUCUCCUGGUGCAAUGCGAAGGGAACACAUCCUGUUUAGAUACAAGAUACCAAUUUUUUAUUGGGAAAGAGUUUGACCAAUGUAUGGUAUCAAUAUCAGCAUCAAUAGACCUGACAAAAUUUGAAUUUGACAAUAUGUACGGCGAGAAGAGAAUGGAAGAAUUUAAUUCUGUUGAAAAACGGACUAAUAUGAAGUAUACAUUUUAUUCAUGCGAUUUUAAUUAUAACACCGGAAAUUCUACGACUAGAGUCUCAAAGGCGUACAUACAAAAUAAAGAGACUGGAUUAUUUCUGCCAUUAGAUCUUCGAUUCAUAUUUUCUAGACACAGUUCAUGUCGGGAAUGCCUUACAUUUAUAUCAUUAUUCAAGCAACAUGUUUGCGAAUUAUAUCCUAUAGUAAGUGACGUCCGAACAUGGAUGAGAGGAUUUACUAUGAAGAGAUACUUUUCAUUUGCUUGCCUUUGUCAAAACUUCAGAUAUGAUAAUGAAAUGAUUUCCAAGUACGGACAAUCCCCCAUUAAUAAUAAGGAAAAAAUCGAAAUAGUUAAUUAUUGGGACUAUAGCUUGUUAAAAAAUGAAGAUAAACGACAUGAGCUCGAAUUUAUGGGUCAGUUCAGCGGAUACAAAAGAACUCAAUUUUCAGAGAAAUUUGCAAUAUCACGCCUGAACGUACUCUCUGGGUGUGACCGGGCUGUUGUGACACGAAAUCGUAAAAAUGCUAUAGAGGACCUUUCCAAUGCCAUAAAUAGAGGUAUCAGUAGAAAUACACCGCUAAGCCCAAGUGAUUCGAAUUCAACUGAUUCUCAAAGUUCAAAAUCAUCAGGACAGCUUAAAGGUGCGAUGGUUGCAAAGAACAUUGAAAUUGAUGAAAAACUGAAAUCCGAGAAUUCCACUUCGUUUCACGUAACGUGCUCUUUUAAUUCUUCGGCAACAGCUAGCGACGCAUCUUCGUCUACAUCUGCGUCAUAUGCGAAAUACUCCCGGUGGACUAAAUUUGAGGUUGACGUCAAACCAACGAACAGUCGAAACCGUUAUAAUUGUGACUUCAUCGAGUGUAACGAAAACUCCCAAAAGAAAAAGAGAAGAAAGUUACGUGCAAGAAAUAUCACUAAAAUAAGGGAAAGGAUUUCACAUUUAAUAUGA